GUGGGCCGAGCCCGGCGCCGCGGCCGCCCAGCAGCGCUCGGGCUGUGGCGGGGCGGCUCCAGCCCUCGCCGCCGCGGCGGCCCCGCCGCCCCAGCCCCGGCCCGGCCCGGCCCGCGCCCCUCGCCCGCCGCCAUGGGCGCCGCGGCCCUGCGCGCCCUGCCCUGGGCGCUGCUGCUGCUGGGGCCGCUGCUGCCCGGGCAGGUGCUGCAGGCCAACCCCAUGCUCACCUCCGAGGGCCAGCCCGCGCCGCUGCCCGGCGGCGACGUGCCCGGCUUCACCGCCGCGCCGCCCGCCGCCCCCGAGGAGAUCCACCCGCUGAAGGAGCAGCCGGCCAACGGCUCGGCUGAGGGGCACGCCAAGCACCGCAAAGCCUUCCCGGUCAUCGGCAUCGACUACACGCACGUCCGCAUCCCCUUCGAGAUCUCCCUCUGGAUCCUCCUGGCCUGCCUGAUGAAGCUGGGCUUCCACGUGAUCCCGUCAGUGUCCAGCAUCGUUCCCGAGAGCUGCCUGCUCAUCGUGGUGGGCCUUCUGGUCGGGGGGCUCAUCAAAGGCGUGGGUGAAAAGCCCCCCAUCCUCAAGUCGGACAUCUUCUUCCUCUUCCUCCUGCCCCCCAUCAUCCUGGAUGCCGGCUACUUCCUGCCCCUGCGCCCCUUCACCGAGAACCUGGGCACCAUCCUCAUCUUCGCCGUGGUGGGCACGCUCUGGAACGCCUUUUUCCUGGGGGGGCUGAUGUACGCCGUGUGCCAGCUGGGCGGGCCCGGCCUCAACCACAUCGGCCUGCUGGCCAACCUGCUCUUCGGCAGCAUCAUCUCGGCCGUGGACCCCGUGGCCGUGCUGGCCGUCUUCGAGGAGAUCCACAUCAACGAGCUGCUGCACAUCCUGGUCUUCGGGGAGUCCCUGCUCAACGACGCCGUCACCGUCGUCCUCUACCACCUCUUUGAGGAGUUUGCCAGCUUCGAGCAGGUGACCAUCCUGGACAUCAUCCUGGGCUUCCUCAGCUUCUUCGUGGUGUCGCUGGGCGGGGUGCUGGUGGGCGUCAUCUACGGGGUGAUCGCCGCCUUCACGUCGCGCUUCACCUCGCACAUCCGCGUCAUCGAGCCGCUCUUCGUGUUCCUCUACAGCUACAUGGCCUACCUGUCUGCCGAGCUCUUCCACCUGUCCGGCAUCAUGGCGCUCAUCGCUGCUGGUGUGGUCAUGCGGCCCUAUGUGGAAGCCAACAUCUCCCACAAGUCCCACACCACCAUCAAGUAUUUCCUCAAGAUGUGGAGCAGCGUGAGCGAGACCCUCAUCUUCAUCUUCCUGGGUGUCUCCACCGUGGCUGGUCACCACUACUGGAACUGGACCUUCGUCAUCAGCACGCUGUUCUUCUGCCUCAUCGCCAGGGUGUUGGGUGUCCUUGUCCUCACCUGGUUCAUCAACAAGUUCCGGAUCGUGAAGCUGACGCCGAAGGACCAGUUCAUCAUCGCCUACGGGGGCCUGCGGGGAGCCAUCGCCUUCUCCCUGGGCUACCUGCUGGACUACAAACACUUCGGCAUGAGGGACAUGUUCCUCACUGCCAUCAUCACCGUCAUCUUCUUCACCGUCUUCGUGCAGGGCAUGACCAUCCGGCCCCUGGUGGAUCUGCUGGCUGUGAAGAAGAAGCAGGAGACGAAGCGCUCCAUCAACGAGGAGAUCCACACGCAGUUCUUGGAUCACCUUCUGACAGGGAUUGAGGAUAUCUGUGGUCACUACGGGCAUCACCACUGGAAGGACAAGCUGAACCGCUUCAACAAGAAGUACGUGAAGAAGUGCCUGAUCGCGGGGGAGCGCUCCAAGGAGCCCCAGCUCAUCGCCUUCUACCACAAGAUGGAGAUGAAGCAGGCCAUCGAGCUGGUGGAGAGCGGGGGCAUCGGCAAGAUCCCCUCUGCCGUCUCCACCGUCUCCAUCCAGAACAUCAACCCCCAGACCCUCCCUUUGGAGCGCGUCCUUCCAGCCCUGUCCAAGGACAAGGAGGAGGAGAUCCGGAAAAUCCUCCGCACCAACCUGCAGAAAACCAGGCAGAGGCUGCGAUCCUACAACCGGCACACGCUGGUGGCUGACCCCUACGAGGAGGCCUGGAACCAGAUGCUGCUGCGCAGGCAGAAGGCCCGGCAGCUGGAACAGAAGAUGAACAACUACCUGACAGUGCCAGCUCACAGGGUGGACUCACCCACCAUGUCCCGGGCUCGCAUCGGCUCAGACCCGCUGGCCUACGAGCCCAAGGAGGACUCGGAGAACCUGCCCAUCAUCACCAUCGACCCGGCCUCGCCGCAGUCCCCCGAGUCCGUGGACCUGAUGAGCGAGGAGCCCAAGGGCUGCGGUGGCCUCCCACCCUCGCCCGAGGAGGAUGAGGAGGGGCUGGUGAUGCGGGUGAAGGAGCCUUCCUCCCCGGGGACUGACGAUGUCUUCACCCCGGGCACCAGCGACAGCCCCAGCAGCCAGCGGAUGCUGCGGUGCCUGAGCGACCCCGGCCCGCGGCCCGAGCCCGAGGAGGGCGAGCCCUUCAUCCCCAAGGGGCAGUAGCUGCUGGCACGAAGCCUCCAAAUCGUUUCUCUCUCUCUGUUCAUUCAUUCGUUCUUUGCUCUCCGUUUUGGUUUCUUGUCACUACACGCUGGGUUCAGGAAGGGGAGACUGUCCUGGAUGGACUGGGUUUGCCAGGACAGCUCUGCCCGGCGAGCCCUGGGCUGGCCCCAGCGAGCAGGGGAGGAGCCCUGGCAUGCCCCGGGCUCCUUGGGCCGCGUGGCCUGGGGGUGAUGGACAAUGUUCCGCCCGGGAUUGGGAUUUGCAGGUGCCUCACAGCCCCCGCGGGGCUCUCCCAGAGGUGCCCACCCACUCAGGACCUGCGGCCGGCUCUGACCUGGGGUCUCCACAGUCACUCCCCAUGGCACAGCUUCCCCUCUCCCCUCUUGUGCUUUAUCACCCCCUCGCCUUGCUCCGGAGCAGAGGGGUGGGACAGCAGGAGCUGUCACCGGGGCUGGCACACACACUCCCCCUGCACCCUCCCCGGCACCUCGGGCUCCUGCCGCUGCUCCCUCGCCUUGGCAGCUUCCCCGUGGGACCGGCUGUGCCUGGGACCCUCCCUCCUGGCCUCACAUUUCAUGCCAGGUCUUCUCAAAGAAAUAUUCUAGAGCCAUGCAGGGGGGAAGCUGGGACCCCCCUCGCUUUGAGCAGCCUGUCCAUCCCUCCUGGAACUGCUGUCACCUGUCCCCAUGGGGACCUCUGGGGCCAGCCUCGCCCCUCGCCCUGCGCCAGCGCGGCAGCGGCUGCUCCUUAACCAAAGACGGGCCCCGGGGUGUGCCUGGGGGGAUUGCUUGUCCCCCCACCAGGAGAGGAGCUGGGGAGAGCCGAGUGCCAGCUCCCCCUGUGUGGGGACGCCUUGCAUCUGGAAGGUCGGCAGCAAGGGGAUGGCUGGGGGUGCCGGGGGUCCUGGAAGGACUCGUCUUUCCCCAAGGCUUGGGAGGGAUCACUGGGUGUUCCGGUGGCUUGCAGCCCUCCCCGGGCUCGGGGGUGUCCUGUGUCUGUCACCUUGUCCCCCACGUGCCAACCAGCUCCCGCCGCGUGCCACCUUCGCCACGGGUACCGCGGGGUGCUCACCACCCCCUCCCCGGGCACCCCGGCCGCUGUCCCCUCCCCGUGCCGUGCCUUGCCACGCUCUGCCCCGCUGCCUUGGUGGGCACCUGUCCCACGUCCCACCCGCUCCACGCCCCGCUGGGACCCCCAGGCCCGCGGGGCUCCGUCACCGGGGCGAGCGCCCGCGUCGCUGCCUGCGCCUGCCUGCUGCCCUGCUCUGUUUCCAGGAGGAAGAAAAAAGCAAUGGAAAUUCUCUUGUAUAAAAAGGAAAAAAAAAAACCAAACCCACAUGUAAAGAGAUUCUUGGUUUUUAUCAUAAAUAUUCUAAUAAAUUAA